AAACGUUUGAAUGAAGAACAACCUUACAUCUAUUUUCAAAACGCCAGUUGCUAUGACUUCAUGCCACACUAUUACAUGAUCCCAUUCAAAACGGAUACCAUAUCUAGCUGUAAAGGGGCUUUAGUGAUAAUGGAUCUUGGAAUGGGUGUUCUGGGUUUAUACAUUGCCGCAUAUGAUGCCUCGCUCACUAUGAUAUUAAUCUGCUUGAAAACCAACAUGCAAAUUCUAUGUGAAGCUACUCGAACCAUUAGAGAAAGAACUCUUAAGAAACUGAAUUUACCUGAAUCUAACAGUACAUUUAGAGACGAUGAAAUCCCAGAACUGGAGAACGGAAUGUUCAUGGAGAUUAAAAAGUGUAAUUUCCAUAUGGCCUUUUUGAUGAGGGCUCACGAAGACAUAGAGAACACAUUUUGCAUUAUCACGUUACUUCAAACCGCGUCAUCUCUGUUUAUGAUAGCUUCUAAUUUGAUCAUACUAUCUACGCUGACACCCAGUAAUCCCUUAUUUUGGUGCAUUGUGCAAUUCAUCGUAUCGUGCAUCAUCCAACUCACUAUGUUCUGCUACUUUGGUAGCAGUAUCACUGAAACGGUAAGGCAAGCACAAAUGAUAAACAGGUGCUAUACCUAUAGACGAAUCGUGUAUGCCUGCGAUUGGUAUAGUAGCAGUAAAAGAUUUAAGACAUGCAUUUUGAUGAUGAUGGCUCGAAUGGAAAAACCCAUGUACCUGACUGCAGGAAAGUUCUAUCCACUGACGCUGAACACAGUAGUCACCGUUAUGAAAGGAGCAUAUUCAUACUCAGCUAUGUUUAGAUCUGUUGGUUGAAGAAGAAUAUAAUUUAUGGCAAAUGGGAUACUGAUAUAUUAAUUUGAAAU